AUGGCGCUACAUAUGUUUAAAAAUAUGACAAACGUUGAAACUAUAAGUGAUGUAGUUGGCUUUCUAGCACCAUUGAGUGUGACAACAAUGAAGAGUAUCAAAUUAUCCACAAUGCAAAAAAAAGUAGAUCAACUUAUUGAAUCUGUUUACAAGCCAGUUGAAUUUUUGAAGUAUUCCUCAGACAUUGGAGUAUUGACAACAAUACGUACAGCAAUGUAUUACCAAAAGUUUGAGUCAAUAUUAUUCGCAAGCAUACUCUCCAUUGUAACUUGCAUCAUAUUCUUAGUGGCGUCAGAAUUAUCAGAAACAGGUCUGGUCAUGCCAGGACAAUUCCCAUUUGACGAAACCGCACCGUGGAUAUUCCAAAUAAUAUUUUUCAUGCAAUUUUGGACGAUUUUCCUGGGCUGUAUAUGGGUCGGGCUAUUCGAUCUUUUGUUACUGGGAUUGAUACGGUGGAUAAACGUUCAAACAUCUAUUUUACAGAGCAAUUACAAAAACUGCGAACCUACAGAAGCUAAACGAGAUAACUUUAUCGUGUCUAAAGAGACUUUUAAUCGAAUUGAGACCUAUGAUUACUUUAAGGUAACGGAAGCCCAGUACAAAAUAAAGGUAUUCAUCCCCUUUGAAAUUGACGAACUAAACGUUGAUAAUGAUUCAUUUGCAUUGAGGCUAAAAAGUUGUAUCAAGAAUCAGAAAAGAAUUGUGAACUGCAUUAAUAACUUCAACGAUACAUUUAGUUUGACAUUAUGUAUUCAAAUAAUAACUAGCAAUGCUGUUACAUGUUUUUAUCUCUAUCAAGCUGCUUGGGCCAUAAAACACAACAAAAGUAUUAUUAAAUGCUGUAUAAUGUUUUUUUCAGUUACUACUGAAUUAUUUUACUACUGUAUUUACGGGACUCUAUUAGGUAUACAGGGAGAUGCACUACGGGAAAGCCAGUAUAAUUCAUCGUGGAAUAACUAUCUAAAUCGUGAGGUAUCCAAUCUUUUGAUAAAUGCAAUGAUAAUGUCUAUAAGACCAAUUGAGAUGAAGGCUGGAUAUUUUUUCACCUUUUCAGUCCAAACUUUUAUUUCCGUUCUACAAAGGGCAUAUUCUUUCUUCGCGAUUCUCAAUACGAUGAUGAAUUAA